AAGUAAUCGAAAUCCCCUUCCGGCCCAAUUAUUAUGGGCCACAAGUCAGAAUCCUGUUCGCCCCCAACCAAUAUGGGCCGCACGUAGUAACUCGAGAUCCCGUUCCGGCCCAUUCCCCGCACGCAGCCUGGAAUGCCGUUCCGGCCCAACUCAGCAUCGGUUUCGCCAUUUGUUCUCGCGGCGGAGGCCAGCAACGGCGGUGCGCGCGGCGGCGGAGGCUUGCCGCGCCGGCGGCGACCCCUCCGAUUCCCUGGCGGCUCCUGGACGGCGCGACCUUCGCCGCGAAUCGGUGGAAUGGAGACGCGGAUUGGUGGCUUGGCAAGUCGUAGCGGAGAUGGGAUGCUGGAGCAUGUGGAUUGGGGUUCCUGGGCGGAAUGCAUAGCUGUGAAUCUUGUGAUCUGCAUUAACUAGUGAAGGUGGCUAAAGGGAGAAAGGCACGGUGACUUUUCUUCAGAAGCGCGUCCUGUCACCUGUGACUUGAUCCUUUCAAAGAAAGGGAUUUCGAUUCUCUGAAGCAAGUCAGAGAAGCACGGCUUGGUAGUUUUGAGCUAAUCUUGCUCAUCCAUUCGAAGACAACGUGCUACAGUAGAUGCAACUGCUACAGGUGCAGUAAUGUUUGCUACAGGCAACUGAUACAUGAUGGUGGCAAGUGUCAAGUGUGUGAAUUCUUGAAAAUUAAGGAAGACCUGCCUGACUAAGGUGGCAUGUAUCUAUCACCGCGUGCGAUUUCCAAGGUACGCAAGUCUUCAGCUAAUGGCAGUGCACAUCAAUUCUACUUUGCUGCUUCUAGACUAGCGCACAUCAAUAGCAUGCAAGACUUUUCCAUGUUCAGUUUGAUCUUGCUGCGUGACGUAGCUGGUAGAUUAGUGCUGAUAAUAGUUCAAGCUCAUCAGGAAAUGAGCUUGGUAAAGCUUGGAACCAGCUUUGGAACUGUAAUGUGCCCCCAAAAGUCAAGGUGUUUAUGUGGAGAGCUGUCACUAACAGUCUGGCAACUAUGGUGAAUAAGAAGAAAAGGAAUCUAGAGCAAAACUCCUUGUGUACCAUCUGUGGAACAGAGGAAGAGGAUGUUGCUCACGCUCUGUGUCGUUGUCCGCAUGCGAAGUACCUGUGGGAAGCCAUGGGAAACACCAAUGCCAUCUCCUGCAAACCGGACAGCAACUGGAAAGAUUCUGACUGGAUCCUUGACAUUUCAGGGAGAGUUUCAAAGGAGGAGCGCAUGGGGCUCAUGAUGCUGCUGUGGCGAAUUUGGUAUGUACGUAAUGGGAUUACUCAUGGAAAGGCAGCAAUUCCGGUGGAGGUUUCCCAACGUUUUAUCAUCAGUUAUAUGGCAUCACUGUUGGAGAUUCGACAACACCCGAAUGCCAAUUUGAUUAAAGGGAAACAUGUGGUUCAAUAUGGGUCGUCAAUGCCUUUGCCAAGACAAUGCAAGCCAAGUGCAGAAUCCAGCUCUUGGAUAAGACCACAGGAAGGCUGGAUGAAGCUAAAUGUUGAUGGCUCAUAUUACCCUAGUGAUGGGAAGGGAGGAACUGGCGCUGUUCUCAGGGACAGCUCUGGGAACCUAAUUUUUGCGGCUUGUGGUGUUUUGCACAGACCGGCAAGUGCUCUGGAAGCUGAGAUGGUAGAUUGUAGGGAAGGGAUCAGCAUGGCGCUACAAUGGACGCUGCUGCCCAUCAUUGUGGAAACGGACUGCUUGGAGAUGGUGCAAUUGAUUCACUCUGAUGAGAAGGCCAUGUCCGAUUUGGCAUUCCUGAUCAGGGAAGUUAAGCUCCUUCUUAAAGGAAAUAGGGAGAUUGUCAUAAAAAAAGUUAGUCGUGGUCAAAGCAGAGACUGUCAUGUCUUAGCAAAUAAAGGUAGAUGUGAGUCCUUAACUGCCUUUUGGCCGGAUGAUAAUUGUAACUUUAUCCCGCACGUUUUGGGUGCGGAUGAGUAAUAUAUCUCCCUUUUCCCCGCAAAAAAAAAAAAAAA